AUGAACUCCGAUGCAGCGAUGGCAUCAUCAACGGAGAGCCGCCAGCAACUCCAAACUCCCCCUCCAGACUCCGAUGAGCACGGGCCCAAAGUAACGCGUAUCGAAGAGACGUCGGUCAAGCCGCUGAAGCCAGCUGAACAAGCGCAAACGCCCAACCUCAAGCGACCGGCCGAAGACGACGACGAUGAUGCCGAAACGAAGACGCCCUCAAAGGUAGCGAGGAAGAGCGAAGCCUCACGUGGACCAAGGACACCUAAGAAGCCAGCACAGUCCGAAGAAACGCUUGCAAAGAAGCUCGCGUCGGCGAAGAAGAAAGAGGAAGAGGCCGCAGUCAAAGCCGCAAACGCUGCGAAGAGGAAAGAAGCUGCUGAAGCGAAGAAAGCCGAGAAAGAGCGAAAGAAGCAAAUCGCACAAUGGAAGAAAGACUGGAAAGAUUGGGUAUCCAAGAACCAGACCUACGAGGAACUCACUUCAAGCGACCUAGGAAAGAAUGUAAACGUCAAAAACGCAAAGGCAUUCUUCGACCUGAAGCCAGAGGAGCUCAAGUGCAUCCCACAUCGCCCAUCCGUGAACGCAUACAACCAGAUGCCCCAGAAGGACUACAGAUGGGAUGACUGUGGGAAACUAGCCUUUCGGAAAGAAGCUAUGCUAGCCGGCAUAUCGCAGGAUAACGAGCAAGAGUUCCUUGCCAAAGGAAAGAAGUUGUUUGCCGAUAAGCACGCCAGAGGUAAUUACGACAACCUCUUGUAUGCCAAAGGGGGAAGGACCGGGGCGGAGAUUGCACGCUACAAAGAAUCCAUGCGACAAGAUGAACUCAGGCGGAUGCGCGAGGAUGAGGAGGAUAGGUUGAUGUGCGAGAAGUAUGGGGAUGACCAUAACCGGAGUGGCUACUAG